GUCAGCCCAACGGGGUUUAUUUCAGAAUAACUGUUGAUUGCAUUUGCUAUCUGAAGAGCGAGGAAAGGGGUGCUACUCUAAAGGGGAUGAUUUUAGUGUAAGAGUGACCUAAUUCACAAGCCAUUGCUACGCAACGCUGCUGGGGGUCACUAUGCUAUCGAUGGAGUGCAAAGGCGUGUGAUUGCGAUAUAAAAAAUACUACAAUAUUUGAUCUCAUCAGUUUGCUCGAUACACUCACAGUUUUAGCACCAUUCAAUGCUUUAUGUAAUAUAGAUUAUGUUAAAUGUCAUUUUGAAGUGAUUCAACUACAUUCAGUGACAAAAUUUGCUGGAGCUCAAAUUAGCGCAGUAAUUUCAAUCACCUGCUCAUUUGAAAAAUAGAUCCUAGGGUAAAUCAAAAUGGCGGAGUUGGAUCGACUGGACAGCUCUCUGACGACUAUGGACUGGCUCCCGCGGCUAAAUGUCCGGGGAGCAAUGACAGGCGAACGCGGAGGAGGGGGGAUGGUGGAUACGGGUGCAAAGGCGCCCGGCGGAAUGACUGCGAUGCGCAAAGCGCCAAAUUCGCCAUUAGAUACGUCAGCUACGUUGGACCAGAACGAAGCCCAGCAAGUAAAAGAUGGGAAACCCCCCUAUAGUUAUGCCAACUUAAUUACUUUUGCAAUCAACAGCUCGAACAAGAAGAAAAUGACUCUCAGUGAGAUCUAUCAGUGGAUUUGUGAUAAUUUUCCUUACUACAGAGAAGCUGGCAAUGGCUGGAAAAAUUCAAUACGACAUAAUCUCUCUUUAAAUAAGUGUUUUCUCAAAGUACCUAGAUCAAAAGAUGACCCAGGCAAGGGUUCCUAUUGGGCAAUAGACAGUAAUCCACCAGAUGAUAGCAUUCCUGGAAGAACAAAGAAGAGGAGGUCCAGUGACAGGCUCUCUCCUUACAGUCCCGAUGGCAGUUUCAGUAGUUCCAACAACAGCAUGGGAUCCCCUACACUGAACACCAUCAAUAUGCAUAACUCUUUCUCACCACAACAUUCAGCAGGGCAGACGCCUCUUCGGAGUUCCUUCGUUGAAAACAACCCAGCUUUUGAAGAUCUUAGUGCCUCCUUCAGGAGCCUGUACAAGUCUGUCUUUGAAAGCUCACAAGUUGGCUUACAGCAAUUUUUGGGCAGUAGUAGCACUCAGCUGCGCCUCAGUUCCAGUCAGAUUCCGUCAGUCGUAGGCGGCAACCCCGUCCAGUCGUUACCACAUAGUGGUGAUUUAGAAAACGCGUGUAAUUUUAUUAAGGAGGAGGAGGAGGAGGAAGCUAGAAAUGGUCACGGGAAAGUUCCGCCACUUACUAACAGCGGAAAUUUAGGGCUUGGGCCAUUUGUGAAUCAAUCACAGCAGGGUCACUCAUUUAGCUGUUCUCAGGGCAGCUAUAGCUCUAGCUACUCAUCCUGCAGUAGACAGAGCUAUAGUCGCUCUCUCCCCAAUGUCCAAGGAUGUACAAAUACUUGUGCAGGCAACCAGAGCCUGUCUGCCUCUAACAUAGAUUGGCUGGCCAAUCUGGAUGCAUUGAAGGAGAGUGUGAGGUUGGCAGGGACCAGCCAGCUUGACUGGCAACAUAUUGAUAUGACACAGUUUCAAGGUUUGAUGGAAAGCAUGAAGCAAGCGGACCAGAAUAACUGGUCUCUGAAUCCACAAGAGUUUGCAGACCUGGCGUCGUCGCUAAAUUCAUUUUUCCAGCAGGCGGGGAUCCUGCAGCAGUCUCAGCAGGGGGUCCAGGUGAACUAUGACCUCUUUAACAGCCACAAUAGCCAUCACAGUUCAGCUUCUAGUUCUAUCUCAGGCAACUAUAACAGUCACUCCAGCUCCCAGGCAGGAUCCCUUAUGAGUAACAGUGGAACCCAUCUCAUGCCCCCCACACCCGGCUCUCAGCACUCUCUUAGUCCUCAGAUCAGCCCAAGACAGAUGCAGCAUUCUGGUAGCUACAACCAACACAUGCCAAUGAAUCCUCCACCUCCUCCACGUCAGCCGCCACCGCAGUACAACAGCAAGCCAUCAGAUGAAAUAGAGUUUGAGUUUGACUACGAUAAACUGUUAUAGAUAAAAAUUUCGACUUUUUUGACAAGGUUCUCAUGGGGUUGCCACCUGCACUUAUUGAACAGCAGGACUUGAGAAAAAAGUUUGUGUACCACAGAACUGUAGAGGGCAGCAGCUAUGUAUAUUUACCAGACAUUAGAGAGCAGCACUGCUCUUGCAAGACAGUCCCAUCCUUAGGUACCAUAUGUUUAUAAAGAGAGCAGUGGAUGUAUGAAGAAACUGGAGAAAAUUUCACUGAGCAUACAAGACAAACGGAAGACAAGGCUGGCAUUAAAAUGUGAGGCAGUGAAAGCAGCACUGCAGUGCAGCCAAGAGGAGCCCAGUUGUGUUUCUUGAGUUAAUCAGUUCACAAUCUGCUAAAAAAGGUUUUUCUAAAAGAGGAAGAGAUUGCUACAGGGUGAUGUUUCCUAAACUACUGACCAAAGAUCAGAAAAUUUGACCACAAGUGGACACAAACCUGGUUGUUAUCUUUUUAAAAGUGUCCAAGGAAAAAAAAAACUUUGUACAAAAGAUAACUGCAGCAACAUGUUCUGAGACUAUUUAAUGAUGACUUAUUUUUUUCUCCAUGAGUAUGAUAUCUAUUUAAAGAAUAUUUUACGUAUUGAUGCAAAUCCAUGCAUUUGUUUGUAAAUAUAAAGAUAUAGUUAUUUCUGUGUGACAUGCAGUUAUAUUACUGAAACCGUCCAGAGUUAAUAUAAUACAGAGAAUGAUGACUUUCAUUAUAAUAUACACAUAUUCUACAUUAUAUAAUUAUAUAUAUAUUGUGUUUUAUAUAUUAUGUAGAUUUGAAUGUAA